AUGAGUUUGGAGUUAGGUUCCAUUGCAAUUAAGUGUCAAGGUUCAGACACCAACCCAUUUCAACCAUCAUCCCCAUCUUUUUUCCUGUUUUUGAUAGCUCUACCUUGUCACGCAGUUACAACCAUGUCUGACUUGAACUUUCCAACUACUAUGCUCAUGUUCCACUUCACUGGUGUUGUUGGAUGUGAGACACUUCUUUGGAUUCUCCUCCCUGAUUUCUGGAAAUGGUAUAUCAUUAACCUCUUCCUUUUACUAGUUACUUCUUUCUGUUUCUUCGACUUCAUCAGUAGUAGCGUCACUAAGCUCCUUGUUCAAGCACAUUCAAAUCCUGCUACUGCUGAUCACCCUCUGAAUUUGGAAUCACGGGAAUCUCAGCCGUAA